AUGGAGCCCUUUCAAGUGCGCCUCAAUUGCGUGGAUCAUUACCAGGCGGUCCCGUCAGAGUUUGACCCUCCUCUUCCUUAUAGAGAGGGAGCUGCUGUAAAGCAGUACAGGCCUAAAGUUCCUGUAAUCAGAAUAUUUGGAGUAACGGAGACUGGUCAGAAAGUAUGCGCCCAUGUGCAUGGCGCGUUUCCUUACCUUUACGUGGAGUACAGUGGUGGCUUGGAUCCCGACAAUGAUAUAUUGAAUCGACUCGAUAUUAGCCCUCGGCCGAUUCAUCAUGAUUUCAACGAGUUUCUGAACCCGAUUGUUUCGAAUGAGCGACUUGUCCCUAGCAUGGCAGGGUUGUGGCAGGAUGAAAAACACAGGAGGAAGAGAAGGCUUGGAAUUGUAGAUGCUGGUAGUAGUCCGUUUAGUCCUGAGGACUUGACUUCGCUAUCAGCUAAUCCAAGGAGCAACUCACAUGGGCCAUGGAUCCGUGAGGAUGAAUAUCGUCUAUUGGUCUCCCAGAUCGCCGACGAAGAAAAACGACAAAGAGGGGAUGGAGGCAUCACUUUCCAUAACUUUUUUGGCAAAGGAUCUUUCGAGGAUAAUAUCAAGACCACUUUGGAGAGCGUUGAGGACUUUUUCGCGGACAAAAAAGAAACUUUAGAACCGCAUGUGCAUCGAAACCAAAGUACGGGUGUAUUGGCGAGCGCUGAACAUCAUGCUCAAGACGAUGCACCGUUGCUAGCGGAGUCUGAUGAAUAUUCUUAUUGCUCAGAUGAUAGUGAAGCCGCCGACUUACUCUCUGAAGAUGAGAAUGAGCAAGAAGAAAUAGACUCCAAUAAUGAUCCUCUGGAUGACAUAGAUUUAAUCCAUCCUUUUCGAAAAUAUACGGAACAGGAGAUUUGUCUAUCCAAUGAUCCCAUACAGCAACGCCACAUUGAACCGACGAAAGCUGAACCUAGGGAUGCAUACGAUCAUAAGUCUGGUGCGCCAAAUAAAUUAAAGGAAAUUAACUCCCGAGAAAAUAUCCGUUCAGAUAUUCAGAGAGCGAAAAAUUCUCUUAAACGUUCAGGAAACGACUUUGCUCAUCUUGACAUCCCAUCUAAGAGAAUGAAGAUUGUUGAUGGUGGCUCCCCACAAGACACAUAUAGGAGGUCUCAUGAUGUACAACAACAAUAUUCAGAUACUAUCCGCGAUAUGGAUGCAAAACCUAGAAUCGGAGAGAUGGCCGAUACUGAUAUCCUGGAAGCGUUGUGUGCUACCGGGUCUUCCCAGUCGAAGAUUUCAGAUUCAAGGCUAGCCGUUCAGCCUAGAGGUGCCGGUAAAAGCAGUAGGCUCAGCUUUCCGAUUGUUAAAGAUCCAAAUGAUCCUAUAACUAUACUACGUCUCAGCGAGGAGGCUGGUUUCACGUCAAAGACAACACCUGAGAUCUCAAGCAAAACAGAUUCUACUCCAGAUAUUUCCAACAGUGCCAAUGGAUUAAAAAGCUCCCCGCUAUUGGAGAUCUCGGCUACAGAAACAAACAGUGACACCUCUAAUACUUAUAUGUCACAAAUGGGCCCCAUGAUUUAUGAGGCAUUCAAUAUACCUCUAACCAGUCGGAUUUGCUGCCUGCGGCUGCCUUGCCCUAGCGCUAGCGAGAUUUCAUCUACACUCAAUGAUUACGGCUAUCCGCCUGCUAUUUACCAAAAUGCCUUUUAUAGUGAUGUGGCUGAUAUUCCUGACCGACCUCGAGAUUAUGCCGGCAGAGAGUUUCGGUUGGGGGGAAAUAGUAUUCAUUAUCUGUCUGAUUUUGAUCCAUCAGGGCGUUCACCUGCAAUGCUGGGUGAGCAAAGUGCAACUAUACAAGAUAGAAAUGACCAGGAAGAAACUGAUCAGUACUUACGCGAACAUUCCACCAGCAAAGUAUGGGAAUUUGCUCCUGUGCCUCCAAGUCGCUCAGAGGUCAUAAAUUGGUUUGAAAACGAAAAUUCAAGAAACAAACCUCAUGCUACGGAGGCAAAACGGUUUAAGCUAAAACCGGAAGUAAAGCUAAAUGAGCUUUCACAGAUUGAGGGACCUACACAGAAGAAUGGAUGUGGUUUCAAAUAUUCACAAAAAGAAAAAUCAGCCAACGUUGAGCACCCUGCACAAUAUAUGAGCAUCAUGAGCAUAGAACUUCAUGUCAAUACUCGCAGCACGCUUGUUCCGAACCCAGAGGAAGACGAGAUUUCUUGCAUCUUCUGGUGCAUACGUUCAGAAGAUGAAGACUUUGAUGUAAACAGUCACAUUUCUGGUGCUCAUGUUGGAAUGGUUUUCCAAGGUGAAGUUGAUAGACCGGAUCUAAAAAUCUCGAAGGCUAUCAAAAUCGACGUGGAGCAUGAGGCAACAGAACUUGAUUUGAUCAAUAGAUUAGUGGACAUUGUCCGAUGGUAUGAUCCAGACAUUAUAACUGGAUAUGAGGUGCACAAUAGCUCCUGGGGAUAUGUGAUCGAAAGAGCCAGAAAGAAGUAUGAUUUCAAUAUUUGUGAUGAGCUGUCAAGAGUGAAAUCACAAGCUCACGGGAAAUUUGGGAAGGAUGCUGAUCGAUGGGGCUUCAAUCAUACCUCUUCUAUUCGAAUCACAGGGCGACAUACGAUUAAUAUAUGGCGAGCAAUGAGGAAUGAGCUGAACCUACUUCAAUACAGUAUGGAAAAUGUCGUGUUCCAUCUGCUUCACCGACGAAUUCCACAUUACUCCUUUCGCGAUCUCACAGAAUGGUAUCAGAGUGGUAAACCUCGUGACCUCGUGAAGGUUGUCAACUACUUCGCUUCUCGCGUGCAAAUGAAUAUUGAGAUUCUGGAGACCAAUGAACUGAUACCAAGAACCAGUGAGGAGGCGAGGUUAUUGGGAAUAGACUUCUACUCCGUUUACUCACGAGGGUCCCAAUUCAAAGUCGAAUCUUUGAUGUUUCGUAUUGCGAAGCCCGAGAAUUUCGUACUUGUAUCCCCGAGUAGGAAGCAGGUUGGACAACAGAAUGCUCUUGAAUGCCUUCCGUUGGUUAUGGAGCCCCUGAGCGAUUUUUACACUAGCCCACUUAUAGUUUUGGAUUUUCAGUCCCUAUACCCUAGUAUCAUGAUUGCUUACAAUUACUGCUAUUCAACCUUUCUUGGAAGGGCGCAGCAGUGGAGGGCCCGAGACAAAAUGGGAUUUAUGGACUACAAAAGGCAGCCGGGGUUGUUAGAGCUGCUUGAAGACAAGAUCAAUAUCGCACCGAAUGGUAUGAUAUAUGUGAAAGCGGAAGUCCGGAAAUCGCUUCUUGCAAAAAUGCUUGCAGAAAUACUAGAAACCCGGGUUAUGGUGAAAACUGGGAUGAAAAUGGACAAGGACGACAAAGCACUGCAACAUCUCUUGAAUAAUAGACAGCUCGCUCUCAAGCUUAUUGCUAACGUUACAUAUGGCUAUACUUCUGCCUCGUUUUCUGGAAGGAUGCCUUGCUCUGAGAUAGCAGAUAGCAUCGUGCAAUCGGGGAGAGAAACACUCGAAAAAGCUAUCGCUUUUAUUCAUUCUGUAGAGCGAUGGGGUGCUGAGGUCGUAUAUGGAGAUACAGACAGCCUUUUCGUUUAUCUCCGGGGGCGAACACGAGAUGAAGCUUUCAACAUCGGAGAAGAGAUCGCCAAGGCCGUCACAGAAAUUAACCCGCAUCCCGUGAAGCUCAAGUUCGAGAAGGUGUAUCAUCCAUGUGUGCUUCUGGCUAAGAAACGUUAUGUGGGCUUUAAAUACGAACACAGGGAUCAAAAAGAGCCCCAUUUCGACGCAAAGGGAAUCGAAACAGUCCGACGAGAUGGUACCCCCGCAGAGCAAAAGAUUGAAGAAAAGGCUCUCAAGAUCCUCUUCCGAACGGCAGACCUAAGCCAAGUCAAAAAUUAUUUCCAAAAACAGUGCAACAAGAUCCUACAAGGAAUGGUCUCGAUCCAGGACUUCUGCUUUGCCCGAGAGGUGAGACUUGGCACCUACAGCGAAAGAGGCCAACUGCCCCCUGGUGCCCUGAUCAGCACCAAGAAGAUGCUCGAGGAUCCACGUUCGGAACCUCAAUAUGGCGAACGAAUCCCCUAUGUUGUGGUGACUGGUGCCCCCGGAUCUAGACUAGUUGACCGCUGCGUACCGCCGGAAGCCCUUCUCUACGAUCCCCAGCUAGAACUCGAUGCAGAAUACUACAUCACUAAGAACCUCAUUCCUCCUUUGGAACGAAUCUUUAAUCUGGUUGGCGCUAAUGUCCGCCAAUGGUAUGAAGAAAUGCCCAAAAUCCAACGAAUCCGCCGAGUAGAAGGAUCAGCUGCCUUCACAAGGAAGGAUCUCAAGAAGACGUUGGAAUCGUACAUGAAUUCCUCGACCUGCAUUGUGUGCAGGGCGAAGCUCCAAGACACAAGCACACCCGUGUGUCCCGAGUGCAUGCAACAGCCUCAUAUCUCCUUGCUUGGUCUGGUCCGUCGACAGCGGCAAGCGGAGAAAAGGGUAUCAGACCUAUACCGUGUUUGUCGCUCCUGUAUGGGUGUUGCAUUUGAUGAUGACGUGAAAUGUGACAGCAAAGACUGUCCUGUUUUCUAUUCUAGGACCAGGCACUUGGCUAAUUGGAGACAUACCACGAGUGUUUUGGAUCCGGCUGUUAAGUUGCUGCAGAAUGAACGUGAGAGUACGUUGGAGUGGUAG